UUUCAGCCUCCCUGCAGCUGUGUUGACUUUCCCCUUCCCUCCCUCCCUCCCUCCCUCCCUCUCUCCCCCCACAAAACAACAACUUGACCAACUAGAACCACUCAACACACCACACACACACUCACACUCACACUCUCAAAACAACAACAACAACAACCAUCCUCAAUCCGACCGCAUGCUCAAGUCUCUCGAUCGACUGGAUCACUCAGCAACAACUAACCACAUCAACCUCAAACUACUCAACCCUUCAUCACCUGCAACCCAGCUACUCAGCCCAACAACCAUCAACCACUCAUCACCCAUCAUCAGCACUAACGGCAACAACACCGACUCAAAAAUCAUCUCACCCGAUAACCCAUCAUCAUCCAUCCAUGCAUCCAAACCAUCCAGAUCGAAACGAACACCCACACCACCCAUACGAAUACCAAUCGAACCUGGACACUGUCUCGUCUUUGGUCGCAAACCUGACAUCUCCGCACUCGCAAACGAGCUCACCCCCAAAUCAACCAUGCUCCCCAUCACCCUCCCCAAAUCAUUCACCCACGCCUCUCGCACCCACUGUCUCUGUACGCUCAUCGCCCCCCCUCUAGGCGGACUGAAUAUCAGGAUCGUCGUCAAGGGUCAGAACGGUCUGAUGGUCGAUGGAGAACGCUUUGAGGAAGGCUCGAGUGCCGGAGUCGAACUGGAACGGCGCGAUGGCGAACAGAUCGAGCUCGGCUUUUACGGCGGUAAGAAGGUCGAAUGCUACGUCAAGAUCGACGACCACUCCGUCCAGCGCGUACGGGCACGUCCUAACGCUCAUGGGCAGACCAACGGCACUAGUAAUAGUAGUACCACAACCUCGAACAUAGACACGACGACGACAACAACAACAACAACAACGACAACGACAACGACUGGCAAUCGACCAAAGCAUUCAACUAGUACUCGAGGCGGAAAACGAAAGAUGCCUGGUGGAGCGGCGUCCAACUCAACCAGACCUGAUCCCACCGCUUCUAAACUGAAACAACAACAGAACCAUUCCUCCAAACCAGAACCAUCCUCCCCUACCACCAACAUCCCCCUCGAGAGCCCAGCCGACACAUCCAAAUUGCCCCCCUGGAAGUACUCCUCCGAUCCUUCAGCACCCCCGCCGCCUGAUCGAGGGAUGAUGAGUCCUCCCCCCGCCAAGAAGCUAUGUCUCUCCCCAAUCCCAUCGCCACCCUACGACCCUCAGAUCCACAAUCUACCGCCAGGUGAUCGAGUGCGCAGUGUGAUUGAGUCGAUGGGCUUAGAUCUACUCGGGCUGAUCGCCUCUGCUGUCGUCUUCUCCUGCCGGGCCACCGUCAGUACCACCGAACUCAUUCGAGCCGUCCUCGACACCCAGCCCACCCUUGCCGAGGCCGUCCUAGCUCUCCUCCCCUCAUUCAGCUCAUCCCGCUCAUCACCUCGCCCGACUCAUCGAGCCUCUGACGAAUUCGAGCUUGCCAUCAAGAAACAACGCGAGUGUCUCUCCGCUCCUCUCCCCUCACUCUACCUCCCACACGACGACCCAUCAACAGACACCAAACCAUUCGAGUCUGCUGCUUCUACCACCACUGCCACUGCUACUACCGAUUUCAAACCUAUCCGUCAUCACUACGGCUCCGAAGGCGGCCCAGCUGACUCUCCCACUCUCGACUUUAGUCCUCCCUCUGACCUCAAAACUGAUCGGAUCGUCAAUGCCUGUCGUCCGAUCAUCCUCGAAACUCUUCGCUCUCAUUGGAGAGCCAAUGGAUCUGGGAUGUUUGGAUGUGUAACUAAUGAAGGCCUCAAGGACGCUUCUGGUGAACCCCUGGAAGCUCUUUGGUAUUAUCAACCUCAACAUGACUCAGACAAUGAACGCAGACUCAACCUUCAACCUUAUGUCAGACACGUCCGUCAUACUCAAACUACUUCAAAACAGUAUUUCUUCAAAAAAGUUAGAGGGUCUGGCCGACGGAAAAGUUAGCACACACACCAACAUCCUGCCCCCAACCCACCAAACAUGCACAUAUACAAUCAUACAUCCUAAUCAUCCAUCGCCUGUCCCCUCCAUUCUCAUCUACCUCAAACAAGUCCCUUUUCUUAGCCUUCUCCUCUUCUCUCAACUCCUUCUGAUGCCAAAAAAAAAAUGUUAAUGAUAUAUGACUGUUAUCAUCCAAACCUUAACCUUAACCCUUAACCCUUAACCUAGCCCCUGAACUUAGCCAAAGUAAUACAAAGCUUAUUCUCUGGUCUGACGGAUCACUACUAAGAACCGGCUCAGUUUAUUUCUCUCUCUCUCUCUUGUUCUUGCUCUUGGAGUUGGUUUGGGUGUCUAUCUAUCUCUCAGUUCAGAUAUUUAUACAUACUUUAGCACCCUCUUCUUUGCUUCUCCUGUCUCCUUCUACAAAUAAGGCUUUUUUAAGUCAACCUUAUUUAUUUAUGUAUAUGUAUGGUAGGCUAAAACACCUUAUGCUUCUCUUUGUUCUAUAUUUAUCCACCUCUUUAUCACUCUCAUCUUUCCCCUUCUACCCUACCCCUAACCCAGCCACUUUGUCCUUCUUUUCCUUUGGGUCUGAGUCUUUUUUUUCUUUUUUUUCUUGUGGCUCUUAUUUUUUUUUGUUGUUGUUGUAUGAAGGAAUUAGUGGGUUGAGAGAGAGAGAGAGAAAAAAAACCAGAGAUAUAAGAUGGGUUUUCUUUUUUGUGGUGUUUGUUGGUUCUUUUCUUUUCUUUUCUUUGGGGGGUUUUUAUUAUUGUGACUCUGAGAAAGUUAGAUGGUUUUUUGGGGGGGGGGUGGGCUUUGUGUUGUCUGGCUGGUCUCUCUGUUUGUCUCUCUGUUUGUGUGUGGAUGUACCAAAAACAAAGGGGUGUGAUAGAAUAUUUAGCAAGCUGAAACAAGGGUUUUUUUGGGUUC